UAGAAAGUAGAAACACUGUUUGUUUUUCCCUAGGUUUAUCAGUAUAGUACAUUACAAAACCUGAGGUGAAGCUUUAAGCCUCACUUUCCAUGGGAUGCCUCAACAAUCUUCCCACUCAGUUCACUUUUUCACUCUCAUUUUUCUCUUUCUUAAUCCAAAUAUGUUAAAGCCACCCAACGUGUCCCUCAUCUUUCAGCAUUAAUCUUAAAAAACUGUAUCACUGUUCCUAGUUCCUUCCUAUGAUACUAUAAUACUAAUGUUUUCUUUAACAAGUAGCACUGAAGUUGUUUGUAGGUAGGACCAAACCAACCCAAAGGGAUAUACACUAACGUACGCCACAGGGACCGUUACCUGUGCGGCGCCAAUAUUCUCUCUCUCUACGCAUUUGUGUCUUCUUUUGAUAUUUUUAACACUACUUAACUUAUUAUAACCCCACAAACAAACCAAGCCUUUUUUUUGAACUCACAACACAACACAACACAGCACCAAUAGAAGCAGUGACCCUUUUCUUUGUCUCUCACAAAAAUGGAUAAUGGUUGCUUCUCUUCCCCUCGACGUGAUUUUCCUGCUGGCUUGAGAGUUCUUGUUGUGGAUGAUGAUCCAACGUGGCUCAAGAUCCUUGAGAAGAUGCUCAAGAAGUGCAAUUAUGAAGUGACUACAUGUUGUUUAGCAAGGCAUGCUCUAAACUUGCUUCGUGAAAGGAAAGAUGGAUAUGAUAUAGUGAUCAGCGACGUAAACAUGCCUGACAUGGAUGGUUUUAAACUUCUUGAGCUUGUUGGGCUUGAGAUGGAUCUUCCUGUCAUUAUGAUGUCUGUUGAUGGAGAAACAAGCAGGGUCAUGAAAGGCGUUCAACAUGGAGCAUGUGAUUAUCUCCUUAAGCCUAUUAGGAUGAAAGAGCUGCGAAACAUAUGGCAACAUGUCUUUAGAAAAAGGAUACAUGAGGCAAGAGAAUUUGAAAGUUUUGAGAGUUUUGAGAACAUUCACUUGAUGAGAAAUGGAUCAGAGCAAUCAGAUGAUGGGAACUUGUUUGCUGUGGAAGAUGUGACCUCAACAAAGAAAAGAAAAGAUGCAGAUAACAAACACUAUGACAAAGAAUGUUUGGAUCCAUCUUCCACCAAGAAAGCUAGAGUAGUCUGGUCUGUAGAUCUUCAUCAGAAGUUUGUUAAAGCUGUGAAUCAGAUUGGAUUUGAUAAAGUUGGGCCCAAGAAAAUACUAGAUUUGAUGAAUGUGCCAUGGCUGACCCGAGAGAAUGUCGCUAGCCACUUGCAGAAAUACAGGCUUUAUUUGAGUAGGAUUCAGAAAGAAAAUGAUCAAAGGUCUUCCUCAAGUGGAAUGAAGCAUUCAGAUUUUCCUUCAAAAGAUCUGGCAAGUUUUGGUUUUCAGAACUCAGUAAACAAGCAACAAAAUGAUGUUCCAGUUGACAGCUACAAUUUUUCAGAUGGAUCAUUGCAACCGAAGAAUGUGGAAACCAAAAGUCGUGAAGGUGAACCCAAGGGAAUUAUUCCACAGUCCACCAUAGCAGAAAAAGGAAGGGCUUUGACCGGUAACAUUGCUGACACAAAUAUGAGAGAGGGUUUCAGGGUUAGCCUAAAUCAACCUUUUGUCCCUCUGGAGUCAGAAGGAAACCGUUCAGUGUUUGAUUGCUCCAUGCCAACACAGUACUCUUGGACUGAAGUUCCACACCUGCAACUCAAAGAAGAUCACAAGUCACUUGUUAAUUUAGGGGAUAACUUCAGCCAGUUGCCAUUACAGGGUAAGCAGCAUCAUAUCCAAGUUGAUCAAUCACAAUCAAUUGCUUCAAUUAGUUCCACUCCCUCCAUAACAGAUGAAGAGGUUGCUGCUUGUAUAGAACCAAAACCUUUAUUUGCAGAUUACAAGAAUGAUUAUGCCACGUCUGUGUGUUCAAUAGGGAAUGCAGUAGUUGACACCUUUCCUAUUCAACCUGGAAGCCUAGUGAUGAAUGAUCAAUCUUCAGAACCCAUUUCCACUACAAAUUCUGGCUUGAAAACACAGGGAUAUAAUAAUCUCAGUAGCACUUCUGAUCUGGAAAUUUACCAAAGAAACCUACUUUUGGACGAGGACUUGCAUUUCUAUUGGUUACAAGGUGAAAGCUAUAAUAUGAACUUCGGUCUGCAGAAUAUAGGAAUGUCUGAAUAUUAGAAUCCUGGACUUAUUACAGAAGCUCCAACCCACUUAUAUGAUUCAGCUGAUUACUCAGUUAUAGAUCAAGGUCUAUUCAUAGCAUGAUCUACCUUGCCUUUCCUGCAUCUUCAACCAGAAUCAAAACUCACGCAUGAAAGGACAAAUUUAGUAUUUCUUGUAGCUAACUUCACCUGUAUUAUUUCAACCUUAAGGGUUGGGGUAUUCUUUUUCCAAUCAUAGAGGAUUUGAUAUUGCAGUAUGUAUAAAAAUGGGUGAUGACAACAAAUAUUAAGCUUAAUUAAUAAGCCA